AUGAUUACAUUCAAUUUUUUACUGCUCACCGCUACUCUACUCAUCAAAGGUUCUUCUCACUAUUCGAUGAACGUAUGGGUUGCUAAAGCUAAUUUACAUAUUGAUUCAAGUUCCGUUUCUAUUGGCACCAUAACAUUUAUUCAGAAAGAUAUACCUUUGGCGCCUGUUCGUGUUACUGGAACAUUAAAGAAUUUAACACCGAACACAAAAUAUCAUGGAUUUCACGUGCAUAUGCUUAGUUUGCCCGACAAUGAAUGGAAUUGUGCUGGUGCUGGUGCUCACUGGAAUCCAUACGAUACAAAGCAUGGUAAUAGAUUCGAUUCUAUUGGUCACAGACAUGUUGGCGAUCUUGGAAACAUUUGGUCUGAUUCUGCGGGUAAUAUAGAAAUCGAUUUUGAAGAUUCUAUCAUUCAAUUACAUAAUUUAACAAAAAGCUCAAUUUUGAAUAAAUCCAUUGUUAUUCACCAAGAUGAAGAUGAUCUCGGCCUUGGCUUCCAUAGUGAUAGUCACACGACAGGGCACGCAGGUGCUCGCAUUGCCUGUGGAAAUAUUCGUUUAGUCGAUUCAGUUUCAGCUUCAAACGCAUUCAUAAAUAUUCUCUGGCCAUUUGAUUUGAAUACGCAUGAUGCUUAUAAUGUUUACAAUGGUAUUCAGGCAAACAAUCCAACUUAUGUUCCAUCACCAGCAAGCACAACUGCUAUUCAUUUUCAAUCAUCUUUGAAACAAUCAGUAUUAGUGACUCAAUCAAUCUUCAAAUUAAGUGAUUCAUCAUUCACUGUUGAAAGUUGGAUUCAUCCGACAAAAUUAUCAGGCUACGACAAUGCUAUUUUGGCUCAGUGCUCAAAGCCAUCGCCUGAAAAUUGUUUACAUUUAGGAAUUCGGAAUGCCGCACUCUACAUGAAUUAUUAUGAAGAAAAUUUGACAGGCAAUACUGCUCUUAAAGUGAACAAUUGGUAUCAUGUAGCAUUCGUUUUUGACUCAGUUGCUCUUGAACUUUCAAUUUAUCUCAAUGGCAAACAAGAUGCAACAAAAAAAAUAUCCAAAAGCUAUCCAGGCACAAAUUGUAUGGCAACUAUUGGCACCUCAAACAUUUCUCGUACACAUCAAACCCAUUUUGAUGGCUCUAUGGAUCAACUUUCAUUUGUUUCGUUAGCUAAAAAUGCUGGAGAUAUAUUUAUUGAUGCAACAUCAAUACCAUCAAACUCAAUUGAUGAAUCGACGAGAGAUCCAAAGGAUGCCAUGAAUUCUUUAUCAUCAAAGAAUUGUCAUAGUAAAAUGGAAAUCGUCGAAUUACACGCAAAAUCAAUCAAACAACAGGCUGAUUUGAUUGCAGCAAUGUGGAAAGAGCGACGAAAUUCAACUAAUCUAUCCAAUCAAAUGGCCGAUGAUUCUGAAGUUCCAAAUAAAAUUUGGUGUCCUUGGAAAGGUGAUUGUACUCAGUUUCUCAAUCAACGAGGGCAAGUGACUCUUGAAAUGGAUCAAAGCACAUCAUUACCAUUUGAACUGCAUAUGUCGAUCAGUGAAGAUUCAACAAAUAAAACCUAUGCUAUUCAUUUCUCUAUCAAUAAAUACAGUGCCACUAUCUACAAAACUAAGCACGGCGUUAUUACUACUAUCAAUUCGACGACAGAUGAAGAUUUCAUUUUGCAUGAUGGAGAUGGCAAAUAUUGGUUGAGUAUUGAUUAUGCUAAUCGAUUCGUCAAGUACGGCCAAGGUGAAGCUCGAGAUCGAUGUACAUUAAUCAGAAGUGAUUUUCCGGAAGAUGAAAAAGAUUUUUUAAGAAAAAUUCAAUAUGCUCAUAUCUCUUUUAACAAAAGUCGUAAUGUAGCUGAAUUGAAAAGAUUUGAAAAAGAUGUUAGACUGAAAAUUGGCAAUAAGCCAGUUGUCUCCGAUCCAGCAUUACUUGUCGUUUCGCCAGAAGACUCCUCUAUAGAUAGUGUGCAACAUCAUACAGCUAUAUCGAUUCAAAGAUUGAAUGAGAAUUGUCGGGAACUCUAUAACGAUGUUAUCAAGUGGGAAUUUCAAGAUGAUGAGUUUCCUCAUUUAUACGAAGCCAUCGAACAUAGUAUUAAAAGUGAGACAGGUUGGUGUCGGAAAAGAUUAACCGAAAAAGCCAAUCGAUUCGGAAAACCGACUCCUUUAGCCACUUAUUUGAGAAUUACUGUUGGGAAAAACCGAGGUACUUCGCCAGGUGUUCCAUAUGUUCUGGAAAUCUGGCCAUCUGGUCAUUACAGUCCUAUUCAUUCUCAUGCCAAUACUUACGGUAUUAUUCGAGUAUUGUAUGGUAACAUCAAUGUAAAACUUUAUCGAACAUUGAACUUGAAAAAGACGAAACCCAUUCACGAAACAGAAAUCUUUGAAGGUCAAGUUACUUGGCUUUCACCUGGGUUGAAUCAAAUACAUAAACUAGAGAAUAGAUCAAGCAAUAAAUCAUGUAUUACCAUUCAAGCAUACCAAUAUGGUACUGCUGAAACUAGCAAUUAUGAAUACUUCGAUUAUAUUGACAAUGAUGGAAAGUUUAUUAAACAAUUCGAUCCUCUCUCAGAUAUGGACUACUUUGAUUUUAAAAAAUUAAUGAUGGAGGAAUGGAAAAAAACACAUUGA